AUUUUGAUUACGUUGGCUUUCUUGGCCUCGUACUUGUGACGUAUUACAAAUUUUUCGAAUAUGUACAGUAAUUUUCCAAUUGUUUUACUACUGUGCAGUUUAACAUUUGAUAUUUUACUAUUAACUGUAGUUCAAUUGGUCCUCUGCAAGUGUCAUCAACAUGGAGCAUGCUCAAAUUCAGAGCUCAGAUGGUGCGCAAGUGGUGACAAUUAAUGGACAGCAGCUACAGGUGAUCCAGAUGAGUAAUGGACCACACAUGAUACAAGGACCGAAUGGACAGCAGAUUGUAGUACAUGCCAUACCAAGUUCAGCGCCUACUAUACAGAUUGGAACACCACAAAUCCAGGUAGUUGCGACUCCAAAUGGUCAACAGUUACAACAAUUACAAGUGGUUCCAAUAUCUAGUAUUCAAGGUACGAGUAACAACAUACAGCCAAUGCAAUUAGUGCAAACUCCAGACGGACAGACAUUUAUCUAUCAACCAACUGCGAGUGCACCACAGGCUGCAAUAGACCAGCAUCAGAUUAUACACCAGCCUGCAGUAAUCAAUCUAAAUGGCAAUUUGGUGCAAGUGGCGAGUGUUGGCAAUGCUACAGUGCAGCCGCAACAAAUUGUCAACCAGCCAAAUAUCGUCAUGAUGGUGAAUGGCGCAAACAAUGCAACAGCAGGUGCAAGUGUGUCCUCAGAAGGAGCCAGUUCGUCGGCGGCAGGGUCUGACGAAGAACCGCUGCUGUACGUGAACGCGAGGCAGUACAAGCGCAUACUGAAGCGGCGAGCUGCUCGGGCGAGGCUGCACGAGUUGGGCAAAAUUCCUAAAGAGAGACCUAAAUAUCUCCACGAGUCAAGACAUAGACACGCAAUGAAUAGGAUACGAGGCGAAGGCGGCAGGUUUCACUCUGGAAGUAGAAAAAAAAUGGACGGAAUGGAGCAGAUGGGUGACCAACAAGGUUCUGACGAACCAAAAGUGCUGGAAGACAUGAAGGAUAUCAAACCCGACACGGUUUCUAUUACAAUAAUACAGGAUGACGAGUCUCCAGAACGGCAACCUAACCAAUGGCGAAGGUUGGCGCCGCAGCAACCCCUGCAGUCUACAUAGCAGUUAACUUUCGAAUAUCUCGAAACUGAUGUGAUCGUGUGAUUAAACUCCUCGCACACUCAACACGAGGCAAUGAACUUUAAUGGAGGGGAAAUAAAGUGUUUUAACGUCGAAGUGCAAGGUCUAUGUUAAGAUAUUGCUUGCUAAUAAAUACCACUGGAGUGCACAUCAAAGAUUACUUAUCGAUUACGCAUUAUUAAAGUGACUUCACCACGACCUCCACGGCCUGUGAUUUGACAGGCCACGCCAAUGCGUGGGAAGAGUGCCGCCCGUGCUGGCGCGGACUCGCCUGUAAGGAUGAAAGCAUGGCAGCUCAAACCAGACUAGAAGUCGGCGCAGGGCGGCCUGUGAAAUCACAGGCCGUGGUAAGCCACCGUUGAAAUUUCCGCUUAUUAAUAAACGUCACUCAGCACUUAAGCUAUGUCUCAACUUGGAACCGGGAAUACGAUUCAUAUGUCAUUGAGGGAGCCAUCCCGUAACUUAUUAAGCCCUGUUCAAUCAAGUGUAGGGUCUUGGUGACUUAAGAUGGUAUAUAUCUAAGAAUCCAUCGAUUAUAGUCUUAAAAUACAGGAGCACUGAAUAUGUAACUCGACAUCUGAGUGAUAUUUUAAUACUGGAAUUACGAGCUGUUUAUUCUUACAGCCCUAAACAAUUGUACAAAAAAGUUGAUAGUCAAAAUCAGAAAUCACAAUUGCUAAUUAUUUGUGAAGUCACACUACAUAAUAUCGGUAAAAAAACACAGUAGGAAGAUAUUACCGCUGUUUUAACCAUUAAUAUCUCUUGUUUGUUUGUUAUGAUUAAUUGAGUAAAAGAUGAGCACUGAACCAAUUUCGAGACAAAUUAGCUAGAUAAAGUAAUUAAAAUUGAUGCAUAUUUUGGGCUAAAAUUUUUUUAAUAUGUAAAUUCGUGACCUUCAAGAGAAAUAGCCGCCUUAUUAGUUCGGCAAAGGAAAAGGUGAAAAUGUAAAUAAACUUACUUAAUAUUAGUAGAAUUAGAGUACGCUAGUUGAAAUUGUUACUACAUUGGAGAGGCUUGAAGAAACCGAAAUGGCAAAAUUUCUACUUUUUCUAUAACAAAAACUGAUAACAACCAAACGAAUAGACGCUGUCGAGACUCGACCUAAUGGUGUACAGUCAGCUUCAAAUGUAAAUGCUCAGAGUGAUAAAAAUUUCAAAAAAUAAACCUUUUUUUUGUAAUACCAAGUGGCGGAAUGAACAAGUCGUCCGCCUGUUGGAAAGCGACACGCCAGUCCAUAGCAGUCAUUGGUAAGUUUCAUGUGCCUGUAAUUUCACCAGCACCGUUACCCCUCGAAACCGGAACGCAGUAAUGCUCACAUUACUGCUUGGCGACAGGGACACUGCUAUUAAACUUAACGUCUCUCAAUCGUUUUCAGACGACAAUCAGUCUAAUGUGGAUUGCUAUAACGUUUAUUUUAACGUUCAGAUGUGUUUCAACACUCAAUCUGGUAAUUUGAUGCUCACUGUGCCUAUAGGAUUUGGUUUCGCAAAGCAAUUGAAAAAAUUCUUUGUAAAAUUUUUUACACAUUUUUACUUUGUAACCAAAAUGCGUCUAAUCCUGCGUAGUAUUACUUUCAAGGUUGCCUUAAGUUAUUUGUUGUGGUUUACUCUAGUUAUAUUCUUACAUAAUUCGCACCGUUAGAGCGGUUACACGACGGCGACUUUAGCAGCGAUGCAAACGCGAUACAAACGCGGUGCACGUUGUAAUUAAUUAACGAAUUUAUUCAUUUAAUGUAUUUAUUAAUUUC